AUGAUCCGCUCACGCACUUCCAGGCUCGCAGCCUCUGCCCUCAUGAGGAGGCAAUGGACGUGCCCAGCAUGCUUGUCCAGGCGCCAAUACUCCAAGCAGCCCGAAAAGCGCGAACCGCCCGAUCAUCGGAAGCUGGGCAACCAGCAGGAGCUCUUCAUGACGUCGAUAUAUAGCCCCGGCUCGCCUAUUUUCCUACCCAACGGUGCUCGUAUAUUCAACCGACUCGUCGACUUCUUGCGGAAACAGUACGUGCGAUAUGGAUUCCAUGAAGUCAUCACGCCGACGAUAUACAAAAAGUCGCUGUGGGCAAAGUCGGGGCAUCUGGAGAAUUACGCAGAAGAUAUGUACGCUGUGACGGGCAACAAGAGGGCUUCUGACGUACAAGGGGCUGCAGGGUGCUGUGGGACGGAUCACGCCAAAGAUCCAGUGGAGGAAGACGACGAUUAUGGCUUGAAGCCCAUGAACUGCCCUGGGCACUGCUUGAUCUUCGCAUCCAAGCUGCAUAGCUACAGAGAUUUGCCGGUCAGAUACGCCGACUUCAGCCCGCUCCAUCGAAACGAGAUAUCAGGGGCCCUGUCAGGGUUGACCCGGGUGCGUCGAUUUCACCAGGAUGACGGCCAUAUCUUCUGCAGGCCAAGUCAGGUGGAGGGAGAGAUCAAGAAGACGUUGGAUUUUGUCAAGACAGUUUACAGCGUUUUACGCCUUGGUGUCAGCUACCGCUUAGCAUUGUCUACACGACCAAAGGAUCAUUACAUUGGCACAGAAGAAGAGUGGGCGCGCGCCGAGGACAGCUUAAAACGAGCGCUGGACACUUCAGGCAUGCAGUGGACAGUAAACGAAGGCGAUGGUGCAUUCUAUGGCCCCAAGAUCGAUAUCGUGCUCAAGGACUCGGAAGGCAAAGAGCACCAGACUGCGACAAUUCAGCUGGACUUUCAACUACCUAAGCGAUUCGAGUUGGAGUACCAGGCACCGGCUCCGGAGUAUGAAGCUCGCGGCGAGACGACUGAAGAUCCAGAGCUUCUCGCCCAGUAUGGCCCUGUUCGACCUGUGAUGAUUCAUCGUGCGGUGCUGGGAUCUGUUGAACGGCUGCUGGCGCUCUUGAUCGAGAACUAUGACGGGAAAUGGCCCUUUUGGCUGAACCCGAAACAAGCCAUCAUCUUGACGGUUAAUACGUCUGAUCCAGUCGUAGAGUGGGCUGAUGAAGUACGCGACAUCCUCCUCGGCAACAAGAAGCAGAAAGGGGAUGACGUGCCCGCUAUCGAGAGCCUCUCAGGGCAGACGGGCCUGGCCGUAGAUAUGGAUAUCACUCCGAGAUCACUCGGGACCAAGAUUCGGGAGGCACACGCGAGUGGCUACGGCCUUGUCUUGGUGGUGGGCGAGCAAGAUGUCAAUAACAAACAGGUCAGCUUGGGCAAAGAAAGGCUGAAUCCGGCUGAAAUGCGCGAUAGAAUGCUGCAUAUGGUAGAUACAUUCGAAUAA